UUUUCCUUCUCGAGGUUCUCGAAUUUUUCUGUUUUUGCCCGCCCGUAGCCGUAUAAGAAGCCCGGCUUGGUCUUGUGGUUUUCUUCGUGCAGUGCAGUGCAGUGCUAGUGCAGUGCCGAAGGAAAAACAAAGGGGAUUAGAGUUUUUGGGGCCUUUCCCUCCCCCCCCAGCGACUCGUGCCCUCCUGGUGGUUUUUUUUUUAUCACCUUCCCUGAUCGCUUCCUCGACGACAACCUCUGGGAGUGACGUGUGUGCUGUUGCGUGCUGUUGCGUGCUGUUGCGUGCUGCUGCUGCUGCUGCUGCUGCCCCGUGUCUCGUGAGACCGCCGCCGCCGCCGCCGCCGAGCCCGACGACCACAUCAAUACCAACAGCAUACUUAUACCGCCAGCCGCACCGGACCCUGUCGCAUUCGAAGGCGCGGGAACACGAAUACUCCCCCCUGCCUUUCAAAGGACCGACCGGACAGACCUCCCGUCUUCAUAGAAGCAGUCGCCGCCAUGUUCAGCUUUGGCCGCGACAAGGAGGCCGAGGACCGCCGCGAGGGCGAGGCCCACGAUGCCGCCGUCGCGGAUCUCGAGACGGUGGUCCAGCACAAGACCUUCAUGGAGGCCGCCAUGCCCGUGUUCGCCUGCGGUGCUGGUCUGUUCUCUGAUGGAUACAUCAACAACGUCAUCGGCUCCGUCAACACCGUCCUCAAGCUGCAGUACGGCGACGUCUACAAGAACUCUCAGGCCGCCAAGUAUGUCGCCGACAUCGCCUUUGCCGGCACCGUCGUCGGCCAGCUCAUCUUCGGCUUCACCUCGGACUACUGGUCGCGCAACAACUCGCUGCUGCUCUCCACUAUCAUCCUCAUCGUCUUCACGGCGCUCGCGACGGGCUCCUACUACAAGGGCGAGGCGGUCGGCAUGUUCAACAUGCUGACGGCGUGGCGCUUCUUUGUUGGUGUCGGCAUAGGCGGCGAGUAUCCCGCUGGAAGUGUGGGCUGCGCCGAGUCGAGCGGAGAGUUGAAAAAGGGCACCCGCAACCGGUGGUUUAUCCUCUUCACCAACAGCAUGAUUGACCUUGGCUUCGUUUUCGGCGCUUUUGUCCCAUAUGUCGUCGCCGCCGCGGCUCAGAACGAGCACUAUAGCACCAUCUGGCGCGUUUCUCUCGGCAUCGGCGUCGUUUUCCCCCUCGUGCUGUUUGUCCUGCGCCUGCGCCUCAAGGAGCCCGAGGAGUUCGCCAAGGAGUCUAUGCGCCGUCAGACACCCUACUGGCUGGUCCUCAAGUUCUACUGGCCUCGGCUGCUCUGCGUCAGCCUCAUCUGGUUCCUCUACAACUUCAGCUCCUACGCCUUUGGCAUUUACUCGUCGUCCAUCCUUAGCGGCAUCUACGGCGACGGCGCGCCGCUCACCACCGUCUUUGGCUGGAACACCGUCAUCAACAUCUUCUACCUUCCCGGAACCCUGAUCGGCGCCUUUGUGUCCGAUUGGAUCGGCCCCAAGUACACGCUCAUCCUCGGCGUCUCCACGCAGGCCGUCGUCGGUUACAUCCUCGCGGGCGUGUACAACAAGAUCUCGUCGCACAUCGCUGCCUUCGCCGUCGUGUACGGCAUCUUCAUGUCGCUCGGCGAACUGGGGCCCGGCAACAACAUCGGCCUCCUCGCCGCCAAGACGUGUGCGACGGGCGUGCGCGGCCGAUACUACGGCAUCGCCGCCGCGGUGGGCAAGAUCGGCGCCUUUGUCGGUACCUGGGUCUUUCCCUACAUUCAGAAGGCGGGCGGCAACGAGACCGAGUCUGCGCAGUACCCCUUCUGGGUCGCCUCGAGCCUGGCGCUGCUGUCAGCCAUUAUCGCCUUCCUCUUUGUCCCCAACAUCGGCCAGGACACCAUCACCUUCGAGGAUAAGCGCUUCCGCGAGUAUCUCGAGGCUCAGGGUUGGGACACGGCUCAGCUGGGACUCCACAAGGACGGCUCCAAUGUGGCUGAGUUCACGGAGACGGAUGUGAUGCCGGGAAUGGCCGUCAAGAACUAGCGUUAGGUUUGGCGCGGUCUGAUGUUGGCUCAAUAUAAUAUACGAUAUUUU